UACACUCGAUGUUGAGUUUUAUUUUGACAUUUUACCUAAAUCACUAGAAGAAAAAUAUCAACUAGGGCUAUGUGCAGUAUCUAUAUUUUCCUGUUCACAUCCAUAUUAUGAGCAAACAAUAGGAAUUUCAUAUUUCUGCUCGUUACAUCCGAGAAGCGAAAUGACCACUAAAAUGUACCCCUUAGCGUGCCGCAUUUGCACGCAGGCCGCCGCCGAUGAUAUGGAGUCUCUUCACGAGUCGAUCAUCGGCGAAAAGACGCCUGUCGCGAUUAUUGAGGAAUGUUUUUCUAUUACGAUUAACUUGGGAGACGGACUGCCGCACAAAUUUUGCAAAAACUGUAAAGAGGACCUGAAAGCUGCACUUCGAUUCCACACAAGGUUGUUGGAAUCAAUCGGCAAGUUCAAAGAUCUGCUUGCGAUCCCCAAGAUAGAGAUCACCGAGCCGGUCGAUGGAAGUAUUUCAUCAGUAUUCAUAUCGGAAAUUUUCAUCAAAUCCGAGGAAGAAGAUGAUGAAGCGACUGAUUUCGAGCAAGCACCGUUUGAUGCUGACUCGGGUGAUGAUCACGAACCCAGAAUUCGACAAAAGUCAAAAACACAAUCCAAAAGUAGAAAGAGAAAGGAUAAUGUUCUUGGAGAUGUUUCGCUUGAAGAGGAGGAGUGCAUAAAGCAUGAAUCGACUGAACUAAAACCGGCGGUGGGUGAAGAUGUCAAGCCUGAUACGUCUAAACCGGCGAAGAAACGAUGGGCCGAUAUAAAAUAUUCGGACAGUUCAUCUAGCAGCGACAGCUCAUCUUCUGACUAUGACAGUGACCAGAGCUCCAACAGCGACACGGAUAAGAAACCCAAGAAAAAACGAUUGUAUUACGGAGUGAAGGCAGAUUCCCAACCCCGACGAUGCUGCGGUUGUAAGGAUGUUCCCCUAGAUAGCCUAGAAAAAGUCCAAGAACAUUCCGACAAAUAUCACCUGCGAUAUCGUGUGGUGAGCAGUAGGGAGAUUGAGGAAAAGCCUUUCGAAUGUGUCAACUGCUAUAAACGAUUCGAGUCUAAAAAGGAAUUUCUUCGCCACCAACGUAAAAUGUAUGUGGACCGACUGCAUCCAUGUCCAAAAUGCGACGAAGAUUUCGCAAACCAUUACGUUCUGCAGAGACAUCUGAAAUUGUAUCACAAGAAAAAGAUGAUAAUUGAGAGAAUGGAAGAACUUCGUCAAGAAUCCCACAUUUGCUGCGCUUGCAAGAAGAAGUUUGAGUCUAAAGAACAGCUGAAGGCUCAUGCGGACGAAAUUCAUCUUAAGGAACGCCAUACAUAUGAAGGUGAUUUCCAGUUUGAAUGCGAAGUGUGCUAUCGACGUUUCAAAACACGACAAUCCAUGAAAGUUCAUCAGUAUCGUAUGUUCAAAGGCAAGAAAUUUAUCUGCGCACUCUGUGGCAAAGCGUUCAAGGAGAAGGCGUUUCUUCGUGACCAUGAAAAUUCUCACCGACGAGAAAAACCGUACGAAUGUCCCAAGUGUGAUGCUCGUUUCUCGAUCAAGGGUUCGUAUGAUGCUCACGUAAGGUUACACGAUGCAAAAGACGAGUUCAAGUGCGAAUACUGUGGGCGAGGUUUUCGUACGAAAAGUCUGCUCAAGGGACAUCUCACCGUUCAUUCGGAAGAUCGCCCGUUCAAGUGUCACCUCUGCCCAAUCACAUUUACCCAGCAGCGUCUGUUGGAUUCUCACAUAGAGUUCCAUUUGGGCAACAAACCAUUCAAAUGUCAACAGUGUCCCGCGUCGUAUCGAUAUCAGCGAGAUUUGAGGGGACACAUUCGCGAGAAACAUGAGGGUAUCUUAAGUUUCCAGUGCACGUACUGUCCGAAGGCUUUCAACCGGAAGAAACCACUGAUGGUGCAUCUGAAGACCUGCUUGUUUACAGGCAAACGAGUUGUUUUUGUUUUGAAAAUUUCUGUGAUGGCAUCGGUGAAGGACCGUGAAAUCUACUGCCGUAUUUGUUGCCAUCCAGAUGCGGAGCAAAUGUUUUCAUUUUCAGAACCUUUCUUCAAUGGUCGAACAGCUAUUCAAGUGAUUGAAGAUUGCUUCAGCUUAACCAUACCAACGCAUGAAAUGUCCGGUUCUUGUUGUGUCCAGUGUAGGGACGAUCUUGUGAUAACAGUAAAGUUACUUGCCAAAAUCCGUGAGGCUAUGCUGGGUUUCUCGAAACUUGGAAUUGUCGAACCAACAGCAGCUAGUAUUAAAUCUAUGUUGAUUUCUGAGAUCGAAGUAAAAUGCGAAACCAUCGAUGGUGAAUUAAAAGAAGGUAUUUCUGCUGUAUCACUCGAGCCAGGGGGAGAUAAAUCUUCCAUUGAAAAGGACCCCCAGUUCGAGGUGGUUAACAUUGAGGAAUCUAUCCAUGAACACUCAUCAACGACUCUCAAGAAGCGUGGCAGGUUAAAAAAGAUAGAUGUGAGCGAUGGAGAUCGACCUGAAUCUAUCGGCAGUAACGAUAAAAUGAUCGACAAAACGCCAAAAGAUCGAGAUAAUCUCAAAAGGUUGAGAAAACUGAGCACUUAUUCGAUAGGAAAUGAUGACGAAAUGUCAGCGUCGUCAUGCGAUUCUGAUGAUUCAGAUUGCGAAGCCAAUGAAAACUCACAAAGUGAUUCUGACUGUCACGAGGGCAGAAAACGCUUGUAUUAUGGUGUCAAAGCAAGUUCGCAACCUAGGAGAUGCUGUGGUUGCAAAAAUCUGCCCCUAGAUUCGCAUGAGAAAGUGAUGGAACAUUCGGAAAGGUGUCACCUCAAAAUGCGUCUCGUAGACCCUAAAGAGUACGAGGACAAAACAUUCGAAUGCACCGUUUGUUAUAUGCGCUUUGAAACGAGAAAAUUAUUUCUUCAGCAUCGCAGAAAAAUGUAUGUCGAUGUUCUACAUUCAUGCAAGCAUUGUGACGAAGAGUUCGCCAAUUUUUAUGUUCUCCAAAAACAUAUGAAGGAUAACCAUCAACGUAAACUCAAAAUCCACGAAAUGGAGGAAAUGCGCAUAAAUAGCAACAUAUGUUGCGGUUGCCGGGUCAUGUUUGGGUCCCAAGAAGAAUUGAGGCAACACGCCGUUGAGGUUCAUUUACCGCAACGCGAGAAGAACAAUAUUAAAGGUGCAGUUGAAUGUGAUGUUUGCUACCGGAGCUACAAGUCGGCUAAAUAUCUUCGAGAUCAUAGAUUGCGUUUUUUCAAAAAGAAAAAUUUGAUUUGUACUCAGUGUGGGCGAAGCUUUCGCGAGCGGGCGCAGUUGGAAGGACACGAGGAUUCCCAUCGGAAUGUGCGAAGAUACGAGUGUCCAAUAUGCCAUGCAAAAUUUUCAAUGAAAGCAUCCUGGCAGGUUCACGUGAAAUAUCACGAUGCGCAAAUAGUUUAUCACUGCGAGUUUUGUGGGAAAGGUUUCCGCAAAAAGGGCCUGAUGAAAGCACAUCUUCGCAUUCAUUCCAAUGACAGACCGCACAAAUGCCCGAUGUGUCCGUUGACAUUCACCCAAAAAAAUCGGCUUGAUUCCCAUGUGCUAGAGCAUUCCGGGCUCAAGUCGUUCAAAUGUGAUCGGUGUCCUGCCUCGUACGUACAUCAGCGUGCUCUAAGACGUCAUGUUCGUGAUAAACACGAAGGUAUACAGAGUUUCAAGUGUACCAUUUGUCCCAAGGGCUUCAUCGAGCUAAAGCCACUGCUGGUGCACCUAAAAACACACGAAAAAAGCAGCGAAGCUACAUUUUCAAAAAAUUAAAAACUAGUCUUUUUCUAUAAUUCGAUUAUUUUUGCAGGCUCAGUUACAUAGGUUUUAAGGAGUCAAACUCUUGACUAUAUUUUUACUAGUAUACUAGCUGACCCGCAAACGUUCUGCCAUAUCGAGGAGUAUUCACAAUGGUAUUCUAAUUUUGUAUCACAGCCAUAUUACUUUCUUGAAUCACCGUCUUGGAAAUGUAUAAAUUGAACUUCACCGAUCUGCAGAACUCAACAUUAAUAUGAACGUUGAAUGUUUUGCUCAGCUAAGGUGAAUAUGGCACUACUCAACGAUAUUCAAUCCGCGUACGCUUGUGAUCCCGUCGUUGGUAAAAUCUUUAGGAAAACGCGUCGUAUAUAUUCCAUCUGCCAUGCAAGGAGAUAGUUUUCAGAUCACCGCAUCGAUCAAUAACUAUGCUUGUGGUUCCAUUAUCGAACAGUCAUUCAUAUUCCAGAAUCCUCGAUGGAAUUCUAUAACAUUUACUCUCUAUCAGAAUGGCAGACCCGAAAGCAAUUUUGAAUUGUUGAAAUUUGACAUUGAUACUAGAAUUUCACAUGAAAAUUAAUAAUAAAACAAUUGAUAAAUUUUUCAAACUCGCAU